AUGCGCAUGUAUUUGGAGACAGAGCCCGAGCAUGUUGAAGCUGAAACUUUAAAAACAGCUGAAAGCGCUGGCACUUUUUGGAGCAAGAACAAACAUUUAGUGCCAUUGACCGUUUUAGCGCUAAAAUAUUUAUCGGUGCCAGCAACGUCUGUGCCUUCGGAAAGGAUGUUUUCCAAAUCGGGAUAUGUACUGUCAUCCAGAAGAAGCAGGUUGCAAGCGGAUGCUGUCGAUCACAUAUGUUUUCUUAAUCAAAAUUACGACUUAUGUGAUUAG